AACUGACAGACUGGAGGAUUCGCGUUUUCAGGCGUCAGUUAUCAUUAAAUUAUUAAUCAGAGCUGAAUUAGAGUUUAAUUUUAGUUAUCGAUAUAGAUGUAUUAGAUAUUUAGUGAACACUAGUGAACGGCUUCAGACAGGAACGGUUUGAUAAGCAGUAAAUAAAUCGCGUCGCUUGUCAGAGGGUCAGAUCAGCGCGUGUGUUUAUAUCGAUCUCUCAGAUUAUUGAUCAGAUAUUGACGGCACAGAGAUGGGGGACGGUGUUCAGGUCCGGUCUGGCUAUGAGCGUCUGACCGCAGAGGAAAUGGAUGAACAGAGGAUUCAGAAUGUGGCUUAUCAAUACCUGUGCCGUCUGGAGGAGGCCAAGAGGUGGAUGGAGGCGUGUCUAAAGGAGGAGUUACCUUCUCCAACUGAGCUGGAGGAGGCGCUGAGGAACGGCGUUUAUUUGGCUAAACUCGGACACUGCUUUGCUCCUCAUGUGGUUCCGCUGAAGAAGAUUUAUGACCUGGACCAGGGCCGAUACAAGGCCACAGGGCUUCAGUUCCGUCACACGGACAACAUCAACCACUGGAGGAGCGCCAUGACGGAGGUCGGCCUGCCGACGAUCUUUCAUCCAGAGACGACAGAUGUGUAUGACAAGAAGAACAUGCCCAGAGCCGUCUACUGCAUUCACGCGCUGAGUUUGUACCUGUUUCGUCUGGGACUCGCCCCUCAGAUCCACGACCUCUACGGGAAGGUCAAAUUCACAGAGGAGGAGAUCAAUAACAUGAAACUGGAGCUGGAUAAAUAUGGCAUUCAGAUGCCAGCGUUCAGUAAGAUUGGAGGAAUCCUGGCCAACGAACUGUCUGUGGACGAGGCCGCAGUGCACGCGGCCGUGAUCGCCAUCAACGAAGCGGUGGAUCGCGGCUGUGUGGACGUCACGGCUCAGGCCCUGAGGAACCCCAACGCCAUGCUGACCGGCCUGCAGGACGCGCUCAUGCCCGUCUAUCAGGAGAUGCUGCGGCAGGCGCGCCUCCAAAAAGCAGCACGGGCACGGACACACGGAAACGGAUCAGCAGAGAAAGACAUUUAUGAGGAAUAUCUGACGCAGAGAGAAAUACAAGACUCCAUUAACAGAGUCAACAUGCGGGCGGCGGUGGAGCGUGUGGACGAGGCGUUGGACUGCGCUGAUUCUCUGGCGCUGCUCUCCGCCCUGCAGAACUCCAGCCUGGCGCUCACAGGACUGGUCCGAGAUCACGCCGGCUGGUACCUGGAGCAGCUGACCGCUGACCGAGAGCAGAAGGCCCUGGAUCUGGGCUGUGUGGAUCCUCUGGAGAGAGAUGAGCUGCAGGAGGGCGUCAGCGUGGCCAACGAGGAGGCGCAGAGAGACCGAACCAUGCAGCAGGCGGUGUGUAAAAUAAACGAGGCCGUGCGGCGCGGAGAGGCUCGUCAGACGGUUCGGGCGCUAAUGAAUCCAGAUGCUCAUCUGCCAGAUGUCUAUCCGUUUGCUGCAGAGCUCUAUCAGAGAGAGCUGGCACCACUGCAGCGCCAGUGCCCACAGGGUGAGCUGCAGCAGGAGGAGCUGUUUGUUGCGGUGGAGAUGUUGUCGGCGGUGGCUCUGGUUAAUCAGGCUGUGGAGGUUAAAGACUUCGGCGCGUUCAGCGCUACACUAGUCAGUCCUGCAGCUGGACUCGCCGACAUCGAUGACAGUCUGAUUCAGAGGUAUUUCGAGGAGCUGUGUGAGCUGAAGAGGAGAGCAGGUAAAGCUCUUCUCACCUGGAACGACCUGCAGACGGGACUGAACGCCGUCAACACGUCUGCUCACGAGGAACAUGAACAGAUUCUCACCAUCGGUCUGAUCAAUCAGGCUCUGAGCCGCAGUGAUCCUCACAAGACGCUUUCAGCGCUGAUGCUGCCCUCCAGUGGCCUGCGGGACGUCCUGCCGCUCAACGCCAGACGCUACCAUGACGUGCUGAUCCGUGCCAAACGACACAAGGCUGAGUUGAGCCGUGACCCGGGAGCUGAGCUCUGGUUGGCUGACAUUCAGGAAGGUGUGAGAUUGGCCAACCAGGACACUCAGAAAGCACUGAAGAUGUGUCUGGGUCUGGCUGCAGUGAAUCAGGCUGUUAAAGAGGGCCGUGCGUCUCAGACGUUGCGUGUGCUGCGUCUGCCAGAGGUGGCGCUGCGGAGCGUGGUGUCAGAAUGUGCUGACGGGUACCAGACGGAGCUGACCGCCCUGCUCCGCGCCAAAACACUGGAGGGUGAUAACAGAAGUCCGUGGAUGAGGACGAAACUGCCGGACAGCAGCUCUUAUUUCUUUCACCUGCAGAAGCUGGAGGGCACCUGGGAAAGACCUCAAAGCUUCGUCCAGAACAGCACCUUCCUGACACGUGAGGAGAUACAGGCCGUGUGCAGUAGCGUAACUGCGGCUCACAGCAGAGACGUGCAGUGGAAGGCCAGUGAACCGCUGGUGCUGCAGCUGCAGGCGCGCAUACGAGGAUUCCUGCUGCGACAGAAGCUGUCCGAGCGUUUGCACUUCCUGAACACGCAGCUGCCCGCCGUCAUCACCAUCCAGUCUCACUGGAGGAGGUUCAUACAGCAGAGAGAGUAUCGCCGCAGACUGCAGUAUCUCUACCAGAACUGGAGAGCAAUAGUCAAGAUCCAGGCCAUGGUGAAGAUGUGGCUCGCCCGCAGGAGAUACCUCGCCCGCCUCGCUUACUUCAGGAAACACGUUGGAGCCGUAAUCCGGAUCCAGGCGUUCUUCAGAGCCAGCAGGACCCGUGAGGAGUAUCGCUUACUGGUUCACUCCAGUGCUCCGCCGCUGUCCGUCGUGCGUAAGUUCGCUCACCUGCUGGAGUUUGGUGACAAUGACAUCCGUCAGGAGGGAGAGCUGCUGCGUCUCAGAGAGGACGUGGUGAGAUCCAUCCGGGCCAACAGACAGCUGGAAGCCGACCUGGACCUCAUGGACCUGAAGAUUGGCCUGCUGGUCCGCAACAGAGUCACACUACAGGAGGUGGUGUCUCACUGUAAGAAGCUCACUAAGAAGAAUAAGGAGCAACUGAGUGACAUGAUGGCUCUGGACAAACACAAGGGCCUGAAAGCUCUCAGUAAAGAGAAGAGAGAGAAACUGGAGGCCUAUCAGCACCUCUUCUACCUGCUGCAGACCCAGCCGCUGUAUCUGGCUCAGCUGAUCUUCCUGAUGCCUCAGAAUAAAAGCACCAGGUUCAUGGAGACGGUGAUCUUCACGCUCUUCAACUACGGCUCGGACUGCAGAGAGGCCUUCCUGCUGCUGCAGCUCUUCACUGCUGCCCUGCGCCACGAGAUCCAAGUGAAGGUGGACCGGCCGCAGGAAGUGAUCACAGGAAGCCCCACCGUCAUCAAGAUGCUGGUGAGUUUCUACCGUCACGCUCGCGGUCAGAACGCAUUGAAGGACGUCCUGGGACCCGCCAUCAGAGACGUGCUGCAGGACCGAAACCUCAACAUCCGCACCGACCCCUUGGAGAUCUACAAGAGCUGGAUCAACCAGACCGAGAGCCAGACGGGACAGAAGAGUUCUUUGCCGUAUGAGGUGAGCGUCGAGGAGGCUUUGAGUCAUUCUGAGGUCCAGCAGAGGCUGAGCAUCGCCAUCACCAACCUGAAGAACCUGACGGAGCGCGUCUUACACGCCAUCAUCAGCAACACACACAAACUACCGUACGGUUUGCGUUACACCGCUAAAGUUCUGAGAGACGCCCUGCAUGAGAAGUUUCCUCAGGCCAGUGAAGAUGAGCUGUACAAGAUCGUGGGUAAUCUGAUCUACUAUCGCUACAUGAACCCUGCGAUCGUGGCUCCGGACGGUUUCGACGUGGUGGAGUUCGGGGCCGGUUCCGCUCUGCUGCCGGGUCAGCGGCGAACACUGGGCUCCAUCGCCCGCAUCCUGCAGCACAGCGCCGCACUCAAACACUUCCAAGGAGACUCCGCUCACCUGCGCGCCCUGAACGAAUACAUCUCACACACUCACAACCGCUUCAGGAAGUUCCUGCGUGCUGUGUGUGACGUGCCUGAGCCGGAGGAGCGCUUCAAUAUCGAUGAAUACUCUGAGACGCUGAUCCUCAACAGACCCGUGAUCUACAUCUCCAUCAGUGAACUCAUCAACACACACAGACUGCUGCUGGAGCAUCAGGAUAGUCUGUGUCCCGAUCCGUCGGAUCCUCUUCAGCAGCUCCUGAAGGAUCUGGGCUCUGUGCCGUCCGUUCAGGAUCUCGUGGGAGAAGGGCAUCCCAACCCUUCAGAUCCGAACGCGGAGCAGACUUUCUCCAAGAUGGAGGUUUCUCUGACUCUCACCAGCAAGUUUGACGUCUUCAAGAGUUCAGAUGAUAAGCCUGACGCACGGGGGAUCCUGCUGAGCACCAAGCAGCUGAUCAUCGAUGUGAUCCGAACGCAGCCCGGUGACACACUCAGUGAGGUGCUGCGAAUCUCCGCCUCCAGAGAUCAGGAGGUGCAGCACGGCUGGAUGAUGCAUCAGCGCGCUCAGAGAGAUGCACGGACCCCAGAGAAGAUGAAGAGGAAUCAAUCGCUGAUCGCAGAUGGGAAUCUGACGCUGGAGGAGAAGAAGAGGAAGAUCCAGAGGAACCUGAGGAGACUGGAGGCCAUCGGGACGCUCAGUCCUCCCGACACACACGCACAGAUACUGCAGCUCAUCGCGAAGGACAUCCGUCAUCAGCGUGUGUAUCGUCAGAGGCGUCAGGCGGAGCUGGUCAAACUCAGAGAAACACUGAACGGCCUGCACAGCAAGAGCUGCUUCCACUCAGAGCAGGUGGACUAUUACAGCCAGUACAUCAACACCUGCCUGCAGAACCUCACCAACAGUAAAGUCAAUGGGAAGAAAGCGGCUGAUAGUAAAGGGAAGAAGAAGCCGGCGACUCUCACGUACACGGCUGCUCGUCUGCACGAGAAAGGAGUUCUGCUGGAGAUUGAAGACCUGCCCGUCACACAGUUCAAGAAUGUGAUCUUUGACAUUGUUCCCGGUGAGGAGGACGGCACAUUCCUGGUCAAGGCUCGUUUCAUGGGUGUGGACAUGGAGAGAUUCCCGCUCAAAUAUCAGGAUCUGCUGCAGCUCCAGUAUGAGGAAGUUGCCGUGAUGAAGAUGUUCGAUAAAGCAAAAGUCAACGUCAAUCUGCUCAUCUUCCUCCUCAACAAGAAAUUCUUCAAGAAGUGAAGUGUUGUUACGCGGUCAUCCGUGAAGUUGAACUUCCUGUAACUCUCAGCACUGAUUUGAAAACACUCCACAUAAACAUCAUUCUGUAUUUAUUUUAUGAUUCUGCAUUUAUUUUAUUAACCAAAAUUACUCUGGAUAUAUUCAAGACACUGUAUACACUACAUAUAUAUAUUCAAUUAUUAAUCUUUUGCAUUUAAAAUAAAGCUUUACUUUAAUGGAAUGAAUCACAGAAGACACUGAGAAGAGUACUAGUAAUACUAAUUAUGCAGCGGUGGUCAGGUGACGUUCACCUGUGCUCAAUCAGGUUCUUUUAACGCUGUUUUAGUGGAAAGCAUCUCAAAUAAUUCUGUAAAUAUUUUCUAUCGUUCUGUCUCUAUUUUUCUCUUCUGAAACUUCUUUGUAAUCUUUUUUGUCUGUUUUUAUGUCAUUUGUGAGUGUGCUGUCACUCUCUUUUAAUGUGCUGUUUUUAUUCACAAUAAAACGUUUUGCAUGAAUAGA